AUGCUGUGCGACCUCAGCCCCGACGAACCGUCAGCAGGCGACGAUGCGAGCCGAGGAGGAAACAAGGUGCCGGUAUCGCACGCGCCAGCUGUGGGCACAUAUUGUCAAAGUCUGCGCUUCUCGGCCGCAUAUUUGUUGGGCAGCAGGAUCAACUGUCACGGGAAGAUCAUGGUAGGAAAAGACCUUGACAAUGGCACUUCUGCCGCCUCUUACUGCAUCUUGGCGCAGCGAGCUGAGAGUGAGCUGAACACUCGUAAACUUUGGUCAAGGCCAAUCCCCUCUCUCAAAGCGACCAUUUCAGACAACAAACAUCACAAACCAGAGUUUCAUACAAUCUACACUUCAACCCAGCCCCUGACACCUCUCACCAUGAAGUUUGCCCUCGUCAGCCUUCUCCCACUUCUCGUUGCGGCCAACACGGUCGGCGACCGGGAUGUGACGGCCAUGAAGAAGGAGCUCGACACCGUCGACAUCAAGAGCCUCCCCAGUGACGCCAAGAUCUCGAACCUCGAGGACCCCAACGUCGCCAACAUCGGACACUCCAAGGCCGGCGUCAGCGCCGCCGCCGGCUGCGCUCCGGGCUACCCGCUGUACUGCUACCGCUACGGCUGGUGCUGCCCAUCCUACUCGCCCUCGUGCUGCCCGCGAUCCUGCUGCCUCCCCGGCACCCGCUUCUGCGGCACUGACGGCAACUGCUACAGAUAA